AGCUUUAUAAUUUUUGGCCUAAGAGUUUCUACAUCAUGUUAGCUCAUGCAAAAUGAAAGACCCCGUAGUAUAGUUGUUCUUGUUUAGUAUCAUGGAAGUCAUUGAAGAAAAAGGGCAAUUAGAAGAAGAUUACACUCAAGAUGGCACGGUAGACUUACAAGGUAGACCUGUUUUAAGAUCAAAAACUGGAAGGUGGAAAGCUUGCUACUUCCUUGUAGGGUAUGAAUUGUUUGAGAGGAUGGCUUAUUAUGGAAUAUCAACAAACUUAGUGGUGUAUCUAACAAAUAAGUUCCAUCAAGGUACUGUGGAAGCUUCAAACAAUAUUAGUAAUUGGGGAGGAUCGGUGUGGAUUAUGCCACUUGCAGGAGCUUACGUAGCUGAUACUUAUCUUGGUCGAUAUUGGACUUUUGUAUUUGCUUCGUGCAUUUAUCUUGUGGGAAUGUGUUUGUUGACUCUAUCAGUUUCAUUACCAUCAUUAAGACCACCAAAUUGUGAUGUAGGCGUCAAAUUCCAAAAUUGCCCCAAGGCAUCACCGUUGCAAAAAGGAAUUUUCUUUUUUGCCUUGUACAUCAUUGUUUUAGGUACCGGGGGAACCAAACCCAACAUUUCUACAAUGGGAGCAGACCAAUUUGAUGACUUUGAUCCUAGAGAGAAAUCUCAUAAACUUUCCUUCUUUAAUUGGUGGUACUUUACCAUUUUGAUAGGUGUCCUUUUUUCUACCACUUUAUUUGUUUACAUACAAGAUAAUAUAGGUUGGACCCUUGGAUAUGGUCUUCCAACCAUUGGGCUCGCAUUUUCAAUCUUCGUGUUUCUAUUAGGCACACCACUUUAUAGACACAAGUUGCCUCCAGGGAGCCCUAUAACUAGAAUGCUUCAAGUAUUUGUGGCUGCUAUGAGAAAAUGGAAGUUACGUGUCCCAGAAGAUACAAAAGAGCUACAUGAGUUGAGUAUGGAGGAGUAUGCAUGUAAUGGUAGAAUUAGAAUUGCUCACACCUCUUUCUUAAGUUUCCUUGAUAAAGCAGCUAUAAAGACCGGACAAAACUCAUCAUGGAUGCUUUGUACAGUGACACAAAUUGAGGAAACUAAACAAAUGUCAAAACUGAUUCCUGUUUUGAUUUUCUCAAUUAUUCCAUGCACUUUUGGAAUGCACAUUGGCACACUCUUUAUUAAACAAGGCAUGACGUUAGACAAAAGAAUGGGACCUCAUUUUAAUGUCUCUCCUGCAAGUCUCUCAGCAUUUACAAUUAUCUUCAUGAUGAUAGGUAUUGUAGUUUAUGAUUGUGUUUUUGUGCCUGUGAUUCGACGCUACACUAAAAAUCCUAGAGGAAUCACAAUACUACAAAGAAUAGAAAUUGGUCUUGUGUUGAACAUCGUUAUAUUGGUCAUUGCAUGCUUGGUUGAGAGGAAGAGACUCAAUGUUGCAAGAGAAAACAACCUCUUAGGACUACAUGAUACAAUCCCUCUUACUAUUUUCAUUCUUCUCCCUCAAUAUGCCUUGUCAGGAAUUUCUGAUAACUUUCUUGAGAUUGCCAUGAUGGAGUUCUUCUACGACCAAGCACCAGAAAAUAUGAAAAGCCUCGGAACAGCAUGUUCUACAGCCACCUAUGGUUUAGGAGGUUUUCUCAGCACUUUUAUUCUAUCAGCGGUUGCUGAUAUCACCCAAAGACAUGGUCGUAGUGGUUGGAUUUUGGAUAAUAUAAAUGUCUCCCAUUUAGAUUAUUAUUAUGCAUUUGUUGCAGCAUUAAACAUCCUCAACUUCCUUGGCUUUGUGGUUGUUGCCAAGUUCUUUGUAUAUAAUGAUGUAAAACUAAGCAAAUCAGGUUUGGAGAUGCACGCUACUUCAUCUCAAGACAAUAUCAAAUUUAGGCAAAACACUUCACAACCAGAUGUCAAAUCCUAGAGAAAUAUGUUGGUUAUUUCUUCAUGUCUAAAAAUCAAUGUUUCGAGAAUCAAGUGGGCAUUAAAAAGAAAGUUCACAAGUACAUGAUUCUCUUUAUAAGUGUAAGAUUUAUUUAGAGCUUGCAAUUUUGCCUUGAUGGAAAUUUCUUCAUUUUACCUUGUCAA